CAUGUCAUAUAUUUUAUGGAGGCUUUGCUGUAGCUCCAACACUCCAACAUGUGUUCUUAUACUUGCUCUGAAGCAACAGGUACUGUAAGAGCUUUUACUUUUAUUUUUAUUUGUUUAUGGUUACUAUAAUAAUCACUGUAAUGCAACAUUUUUCAGAUUUGUCAUUUUGUCCACAUAGCAACAACGUGUGCGGACUGAUUGUAACUGCAGGAAGAGAAAAGAUGCAGUGGACUCUGUUUCUAGUAGUUCUGAUGGGUCAGUGCUUGUUUUCUACAUGUCUCCUGUAUCAGUACCACUUCAUUAAAGAGCAAAAGACCUGGGAUGAAGCUCAGAAGUACUGUAGAGAGACAUAUACAGACCUGGCCACAGUAUCUGACAUGACAGACAUGAAGCGACUCUGUAGCUCGACAGGGAAUCAGGAUGAAGCCUGGAUUGGCCUGCAUAGCUACCCAGGCAAAAACAACAGGAUGUGGUACUGGUCUGUGCCAGGACUGAAGUUUGUUGACAGUCAGACACGAUGGGGGAGUGGAGAACCCAAUGAUUUCAUGGGGAUUCUUGAGAACUGUGUUGUGUUGUACCCUCAGUUGUGGAAUGAUUCUCCUUGUUCUACAAAAUAUACAUCUGUCUGCUACAAUGAAACCAAACCAUCCGGCAACACAUUUCAUUAUGUUGAAACACCAAUGACCUGGCCUCAGGCUCAGAGUUACUGCAGACAGCAUUACACAGACCUGGUCAGUGGGCUGGAUCAGGUGGAUAAUCCAAGUGUGAAGUCUAGAAGCUAUAGCUGGAUCGGUCUGUUCAGAGACAGCUGGAGAUGGUCAGAUGGGAGCUACUCCUCAUUCAGAAACUGGCAAAGUGAUGGAGAUCUGGUUGAUGGACAAAGUAACAAGACAUGUGCUACUGUGUCAAACACAGCAGGGACAUGGAGCUCUGACUACUGUAAUAAACAAAAACCCUUCUACUGCUAUGGAGCUCCAAGGACAGAUGUGAGAGUGACGCUGACUGCUGCUCCCUCUGUGACCAAGACAGACCCUGCUGUGCCUGAGACCAUGUUGAGAGAGAUGGAAGCAGUGUUUAGAGAUAAAGGUAUAUCUGUGAGGCUGAGCUGGAGAAAGCUCUCUGACAAACUACACACUAUCAGAGAGGAACCUGAACAGAGCACCUGUUCUUUCAUCCAGAUUUGUCAGUAUUCAAACUGAAACGUCUGAUUUUUGUUCCUUUGCUCAUGCUGCCCAUAAGAGAUGGAUCUAGAUGCUACAUACAGUAUACCUUUAAACUGAAAAUGUUUAGAACCAGAGUGAUCCUUCCUGUCACAAUUCUGCUUGUCUAAUGUUUAAUUUGUCGUAUUUGUUCAAUACCAUUAUUAUACAAUCAGUUUGAACUUCCUCUGCUUUUGAGUCUUAAUUUACACAUUUUGGUUUAGGUGUGGUGAUGGUAAUAAAAACAUCUUGCAAAAAAUGCAAGAUGCUUAAUAUUAUAUUGCUAUGGCUUUUGGCUAUAUUGUAGGGGGCUGCUGUUAAGAAUUAUUGGUAAAGAGCCUCAGAUGUGAAUAGUUAUGUGUACUGUAUGUGUGAGGUUAGAUAUCAUGGUUUCUGUGUGUAGGUGUUUAGAGUUGUGUUCUGUGUCAUUUUGAGUUAGUGUUAUUGGUGGCUCUGAGUGUUAUUGGUAUUAGAGUUAUUGGUAUUGUAUGUGUGACACCUUAAGCUUGUGUGUCAGGUGGGUACCAACACUCGUGUCACGCUGUGUUCCAGUUGUUCCAAAAAUAAAUAAAACAUCUUUCUAUGGUUUGCCCUAGAGAGACACAAAAGACAA